CCGGGCGCCCAGCGCUCGCCGACGGAGCCGGGGACGAUGCUGGCGGCCGCGGCCCUGUGCGCCGCCGCGCUGGGCUGGGCCACGGGCGCUCGGCUGCUCAGCGCAGUGGACAUAUCCCUCAGAAGAGGACAGACGGUUUGCCGGGGUGGAACACAGCAACCAUGCUACAAGAUAGUUUAUUUUCAUGAUGCUUCACGCAGGAUCAGCUAUGAAGAAGCGCACCGUGCCUGCAGAGCUGAUGGUGGACAUCUAGUCAGUAUUGAAACAGAAGCAGAGCAAAGACUGAUUGAAAAAUUCAUUGAGAGUCUCUUAGCUUCUGAUGGAGAUUUUUGGAUAGGAUUUAGGAGGAAACAGGAGGAGGUAGACAAUAGUACAGAGUGUCAGAACCUCUACUCUUGGUCAGAUGGCAGCUCAUCCAAGUUCCGGAACUGGUAUGUAGAUGAGCCAUCCUGUGGGAGUGAAAUCUGUGUUGUGAUGUACCACCAGCCAUCUGCCCCACCAGGUGUCGGAGGUCCUUACAUGUUUCAAUGGAAUGAUGACAGAUGCAACAUGAAAAAUAACUUCAUUUGCAAAUAUUCUCUUGAGAAGCCAACAAGUGCUCCAAUAGAGAAUUCUGAAAGAGAUGCUGCAACAGAGCCCCUGAACCCAGUAUUCCCAGAAGAACGCCAUAAGAAAGAUGUUAAUGUAACAGUUGUAGAAACCAAAGAACCUGUUCACAGUCUUGCCUACAUCCUUAUUCCCAGCAUCCCUGUGCUGCUUCUCCUGAUGGUUGCUACAGCCAUCUUCUGUUUUUGGCUUUUUGCAAGGAGGAGACAGGAGCAAUUAGAUGCAAGCCCGAAGGAGGAAGAUGCAUGGCUGUCUAACCCUGGAAGGAACAGUCCAAAUCUGGAUAUAUAUAAAGUAAUCAAGAAACAAUCAGAUGCAGAUCUGGCUGGAACUAGGCCUGACACUAAGAAUUCUUCCUUCCGUACACAGGAAGAUACGGUGCUUGACAGCCUCUCCAGGGAUUAUGAUGAUGUAGUAAUGAAUACAUCAACAAGUGGCUUUGUGACAUUGGCCAGUACUGAAAGUGGCUUUGUGACCAAUGAUAUCUAUGAGCUGUGUGGAGAUCAUGUGGGGAGGAGCAAGGAAUCGGCCUGGGUGGAGAAUGAGAUUUAUGGAUAGUAAGGAAAUGGACAAAAAACGCCUGAAAUACGGAUGACAAAGUGAAUGUCAAUACAAGUUAACCUGCCCUCCCUAUACACUUCUUUUCGUAAUAGUAUAUGUGAUGUUUAUCCCGGUUUUGCACUGUCCCUAUAUUAUUCUCUUUUUUGAAAGAAUAAGGGUUUUUAAAGAUCCAAACAGAAAAGCAUGUACAUAUUUUGCUUUGCAUCAAGCCCCCUUUGCCCCAGGAAUGGCUUGUUAAUACUCUUGAUUCUUUUUUGUAUGCCAAAGAUAGGCCUUUGAAACUAAAGAACGAUCCAAAGUCCAUAUUUAACUGACCUACUCAUCUUCAAAGAUGUUAAAAGCCAAAAGUCAAUCACUGGUCACAGGUGGAUUCUCAAAUGUUUCCCCAAGAAAGCUGCCAUGGUUGCAGGUUGGUCAGUUUCCAUGUCAGUCUAUAUCCCAGCUGUGUUGGAAACAGGCCUCUGGCACUAACAGCCACUUCACAAGAGAGUAGUGUGGUUUCUGCUUUUUGCCCACCCUCCUAGUUCUUACUGCUAAGGCAGUGUAUGUGAGUCACAGCAUAUAACUGGGUGUUGCUUACACCAUGAGGUGGUUUUUCGAAGAAUCCCAGUAAACACUUUGGUGUCAUAAGGCUGUGUUCCCUCCUUUAUCCUCUGGCAAAAGGAAUUGCAAAGAAGAGAACAAGGGACUUCUCUGCAAUGCUAAAGGAAGGGAAUGGGGUCCGCCAAAGCAUUCCAAUUGGUCUCAGGGAUUACAGCAGCCUGGUUAGCUGUCCACAGAUGUGCUGAUUUGGCCUAAAUAACAAGUUGAGUACCAAUUCCUUUCUUGUAGAAGGAACAGCCAGUUGCACUUUCAUUCUCGAUCUUUUUCCUCCUUUGGCCUGUGACAUGUACUGAAUUCCAUGAAGACUGACGCUCUGAUGUUAAUCUACAGAAAGAUGGAGUUUAUGAAAAGGUAGGUGAAUGUGAAGAAUUGGAUCAAAACCAGCAUUUUGACAAGUAUCAUGCUAAUCAAUUAUAAUAAACUAUCUGCUGUCUAUUUUCAAGGACUUUACGUAUUCCAGUAUGUAUAUUAAAUAAGUAUUCUUAAGGUGAGGUACUGAGGAUAGUUCAUGGAAUUUCUUCUCUGACAGUGUGAGGGAAUGAUACUUUAUUUUAGCAUAGUUUUUAAGGCAUCGUUUUGAAGCCAAUAUUCGAUACCUACCAUUUUCCUGUACCUUUGGAGGAAUAGAAAUGAAUGGCAGCAGGACAUAGCAACUGCCACACGACUAAAUAUAAAUUUAGGUGAAAUGAGAAUUUUCCUGUUAAAUAUGAGGAGCAAGCCACAGUAUGAAGCCGCACCAUUUACCUCAGAAAGAAUUCACAGUCUGUAGGUCACUGACUUCUAAGGGAAAGAGACAAGAGAUGAUCCUUCACACUAAGGGUUUUUUUCAGAUCAUUAUCUCCGUUUCACUGUUAUAUGCAGCACAUUUAAUAAAGUUGCUAAGGAGCUAGCAGAAAUAAAGAGUAUGCAGUUGCCAUGAAAGUGGUAUGAGAGACCUGCUCAAAUACCUGCAGAAGCAACUUCAGGCUGGAGUUUUAUCAUGUGUAAGGGGUAUAAGGAGCCAGAACAGGCUAACAAGAUAUUGUAAGGGUUGCACUGAGUUUAAUUUCUCUUUAUUGAACAGAGAAUGUAUAGUUAUUUUAGACAACUGUACAUACAUACAAGAUUUCUGGUGUAGGAAGUUAAAAAUAGCUGUGAUAAACUAUUCCAAGAUAAACUGAAUUUAACUUGGUCACUGGUAUGUUUUAAGGCCUUUCAAAGCACACUUCAAGAGAUCACUUGUAUCACAAGAAUAAGGAAUAUAUAUUGGAGAAGAAGGAAGGUUGGUUCCAUGCAUCUUUCUUCACAACACUGUCUUUGCUUGGGAGGAUAAUGUAAUUUACUACUGAGAAUGCAGAAAAGCAAAUAAACUAAAGAAAAUGCUAGGCACGCAACUUUUAAUUUGUGCUCACCUAGCAGUGGUUUGGUGAAGAGUUACCUAGAAUUAUCCACAUCGAGUUGAAUACCACACGACUUGCAAUCAAGAAGGUACAGAAUUUGCCCAUCAGCAUGGAUUCUUAAGUAACUAGAUGUCUUUGAUUCUGAACUCAUCGCAUGAACAAGUUUUCAUCUUCCAUGCUUUAGACAGAGGACAUUCCAGGAUCUCCUGUCUAAGCUUGUAAUUUCCUAUGCUAUGUAGUACGGAGAGCAUUGCUGUAUAUGUUUGCUGAGAAGAAACGCAGCAAAGGGAACUCGGGAGCAGUGCUGACAACCUGGGAUCAUGAUUAACUUGUUUUUUGCUGGGGCUUUCAGAUUCAUAUUUUGUUCAUGAGAUGUGAUCAGAUCGAUGUUUGCCUCACAGUUACAAGGACUCAACCACCUUCCCAGGAGCUCGGAGCAAACUCAUGUGAUAACGUCUCUGCACUGUUGCAUUUUUCAGUGCAGCUAAGUGUAACAGGAGUUUGAAUGAAAACUGAGAUUCAUAUUGACUUGAACAUGCUCUGGGCAAAAUCCCAUGUGUUCCUGGGUAUGGGCUUGCUGUAGCUGAAUUCUAUUGUAAAACUUGCAGAAGUCGGAAGUACUUGCAAUUACCAAGGUUUUGGAAAGGAAUAGGAAGAGAAUUGGGAUUUAUCAAAUAAGCACAUGAUCUGGUUCCAUAAAGGACUACUUCCUGUAAAAUGUUUCAUGUUAAUACUGAAUCUCCAAAACAAAGUACAUUUACAAAUAUAAGAUUCCCCACACUGAAAUAAACAGGCACAAUCCACUCCUGUGGUCUUCAGCUUCUUCAGUCUAUAGGCAGAUAACACAGCAUUGUUUUGCACUUCCUGCUUUUUAAAGAUGUCUGUCCUUACCUAAGCACACUGGUGCUAACUAGACCUGUGGAGUCUGGAGCACAAGUUCUGUAGCGAGUGGUAGAUUCUAAGGCGGUCAGUGACCAUGAAGUACUGAUAGCAGCAGUGUGGCCUCUGGAUUUUUUUCAGUGCAGAACUAGUCUGAGUUUAAGUGAAUUGAGUCCAGCUGUUAAUACCGAAGUCAGGAAUAUGCUUAGAGGUUUGCAGAGCUGUACAGCUUCUUGCAAGGGAUCUUUGCGUGUUCGUAGCUGUGUUUGUGUAGAAAUCACUGAGAAGUUAGGCCAUUAAGAUUUAUCUGUCCUAUCUGAUAGCUGUUUCAUACAUUGGUUUAUGUAUUCUCAAGGCAAGUUUGCUUGGUUUUGAGUAAACCAGCACGUUUUGCUUUGUCUGCACUUACUCUGUUUUUAGUUAUUCCAGCAACGGAGCUGUUCCCUAAAAAUGGAGUUUUAUUUGAUUGCAUCCCAUUGAACUGAGAAAGAAGUGGGAGUGCCACAUAGAGAACCAAGUACAUUGAACUUUGGGAAGCUGGACAUGUGCACUGAAGAAAACAUUUAGGACAUUAUCAUGUAUCUGGGGCCAUUUGGAUUCGGCUCUGUACUAUCAGUCUGAACUACUGAGUGUCUGAGUCCCAUGUGGAAAACAGAAAUAACAGCAUUUCACAGGCUUCCAGGGAUGCCUGGAAUCUAAAAACAAGUGACUCUGAAGUGAUUUUGAGACUACAAUAAUGAGGCCUGGUAAUUUGCCAAAUUUUAAUUUUAUCAUCCAGCAGAUCUGUGCAGCACUUUUGAAGCACGUCUAGACUAAGUCAUUAUGUAUAAGAAUUUAUUUGAUUGAAGAUACAAUUUGGUUGAGCAGUUCUGGUACCUGGCCCUGUGUAUAUCAAGUAAUCUUUUUUACUCAUUCUGUUGGAUCACAUUUGACCUUUUCACAAGCCAAAUAAAAAUAGAGUAAAUGCCUGUUUA